CACGCCCUCUCGUCCUCGCCCUCCACGGUCCCGGAAGAGGAAAGCGUCACCCGACAGCGACCAGGAUCUUGCGAUGCCUGCGCACCACUUGUCGUCGCCGAGGCGGCUCCUGAGCCACCUUCCCACUUAGUUACCCGCGAUGAUCGAACCGCCCUUGUCCCUCAGAACCUCAGAACGAGAAAGUUAGACACGUCUGCCUGGUCGCAUCCAUGCCUGCGUUGGAUCUCACUGGCUAAUCUGGCUGCAAAGCCCCUCGGCCUCGGUCAAAGACGUCCACGCACACAAGCGCCGUCUUACGUCUCUCCACCGUUCAGCCGGUCAAGGAUUCUUGACGUGUAGACGCCUUGCAUGAGGGCUCGUAGUAGCGCUGAUCGGGGCUCUCUGCAGCUGGAAUGAGUCAGAGCAACCUCCUUGAUUCUCGAGGUCUUCGUGACUCAAACUGGAAAGGGAUUUGUCUGGGGUUUCGAGAGAGUCGAGAUGGAACUUGUUUUGCGCGAUCAACGAUUUCAACAAGGACAAUUCUUACUUGGAGCCGACAAAGCACUGCUCGGUACUACGCACAGUGCUGGCCUGUUAGCCUGUUCACAGAAGGCUGUGAAGGGAUAAUGUAUCCCAAUGAGGGCUUCGGCCCUCUCACCAACGUUCCAUCCGAAGGUGCCCUGUCCUGUAACUCCAGAAAUUUUGCUUUCUAAGUCUCGGGAGGGUUGCAUUGUAUCCUGGCACUAACUGAAUCAGUGACUGGUAAUGACGGGCUCGCCUGCGAGCGUGAUGAUGCGUUGCGGGUUGGGACGUCCAAUAACCCUCGUCUUCCCUCACCACGACCUUCCACCCUUCCGCAAACGGGCGAUAUCAUCCGACCAGGCCAGGAUCUGUUUGGACCCUCGCGGCCCCUCCGAACACUCUCCGCUUGACCGCACUGAGGCCUGAGGAGUUUAGAGUUUGGAAGCGUCAGCCUACUUCGAUGGACGGUCUGUCGCUCGAUUGGCCUUUGCUUCUGUCUCGCCCCGCCCUGGACGAAGUCAUGGUCUCAGGGGUUGAGGGAAUGAUUUCGUCGCUCCAUCUUCCAGCUGGCCAAGGGUUACGCGAUUCCUGCAGACGCUAUUGUGGAUCACCAUCACUCCAUACUCGACGCAUGUGUCUACAACUCUCACAAUCCAGUGUUAAGGGCGCGACCCAAGCACGUCGAGCACAUCCGGAUUUUCUGUACGGCCUCCGGUUCCAGCAACUUCAGCUGCAGCCCGUAUGUAGGAGGCCAUUGCGGAAGCCGCUGAGUGAAGUGACCGAGGAAACAGCAAGACCAACAGCGACAGUAACAACGACAGUGAUCCAUUGGACGCGUGAUCGCGACUUCUGCGCCGGUGGUAGUCAGGUUGCAAUGAGGGCCAGAUGACCCCUUUCCUUUUCGACCUCGCCAUUCGUCAAGUUUUACCCACAAAUCUCUGGCUGCGACAGCCCUGGCUAUGUUUGGAUCUGCAUGACCUUUGCCCGUCUGGUAAAUGCGACGAAACCGCGCUCAGCCAGACUCAUGAUCAUGUCAAUCAUUCGAGGACCCGAAGAUACCCACCACGGUCGGGUUGUACAGCCUCUCGGCGUGACCGUCCCGCUCUAUGGUGAGACACCUCCUUGCAUGGAAGAGGACGAUCGGUUGAUUUCGUCCGAUGCUGGCAUCCCGAUAUUUUUCUGUCACCGCAGUCUGCCUGUGCGACAGAUCACCUCGGCGGUGGGUGAUCGGUUGCUCCAAGAGAGUGUGGCCGCGUACUGUCUGGACGAAGCGUUAGGGGCAAGUUGCAGCCGUUGGGUCCGCAACUCCCCCGUCAAAGUACGCGUACACCGCCCAGGGAAAGAUGGUGGAGGCGGACUCUUGAUUUGUGACCCUUUCAGGGAUGAUCAUGCAAGAGCAUUACAACAGGGGGGAAAAUUCAGCUCUCCUACUUAGCCGUCCGAAAAGGGAGUCAUCUUUCCCCGAGUAGUUGUGGGAUUUGGAAUCUCUUCCUCGGCCUGCACGGUAGCGGCGUAACCCCUUAGAGCGUCCAAUACACCUGAUGCCUAGCCAGUCGGUCCUCGUGCCUAUAUCACGCAAGCUCUCCCAAUUUCUCCGACGGCGACCAUCUCGGCUUCGCAGUCUUUCAUCCGUUCAGGACAAUAUUCCUGUGCACCAUAUUCUGCGUGCGAUUUCCAACAUGGACAGCAUCAUCUUCGAGGACCCUUCCAAACCUCGGGUACGCUCUAAGCAGCACGCUCGUGCAGCGCCGGCCAACUUUGUCACCUCCUCGCGCCGAGAAUGCAUUCAAGAAGUCGAGCCACAGGCCGUGAUGCCAGUUCCAAAAAUUAGGCUGCACGAACACUCUCACACAAGCGACGAAGGCAGUUCUGAACCGCGAAGCUUACUAGAUCAGACCUCGGAGGCUUCACUCUACAAUCUGUGCCGCAGCCCUCUGCACGACGUCAAUACUGAUGACGGGCGAAUUUUGGAAGAGAUUUACCUUUUUGACGACUUCUCCCCCGCCCUGAUUGAUAAAAAUGGCCUGGUUGAGAGUCUCGACGACGAUUUGGAAAGCCUCUUUUCCGGUGUUCCGCCAGAUUUGGAGAGUUUCAAAGCGACCGGGUCCGAUGAACAUUCUGACGGUCAAGCCCAGAGCUUCUCUUCACGGGCCGCUGAGACCUGCGACGUUGUCAUUUCGUCACCAAGCGGCGACAAUUUGGUCCGCUCCCAAAUUCCUGACCUGCGGACGAAAUCUGACGCCAUUGACCUCACGAUAGAGUCAAACUGCCCUCAGUCGAAGCGGACAGAGGAACCGUCUACGCAGCAAUGCUUCCCGCCAUCCUCGCGUCACAAAUCCCGGAUAGAGGUGGUGAUUCCGACUCGUCAUCCCUCAUCGGCCUCACAACGGAAUCUUCUCUCCACUCAGUCUGCAGACGUCAUGGUAACACCGAAGAGAACCAGACGACGGACGGUAUCUCCGCGACCUAACGAGCGUGUUAAAUGUGGCCGAAAACGACGAUAUAGGAGUGAAGCUGAUUAUGACUCCUCGGUUUCUCGUCGAGUGCGUGUGGAAGUGGUCACCAACAAAACGCCGACCCUCGUUCAUCAAACGCUUGACGACGACUCUGCCUCGAGUUGCCGCGGAAGGGAAGUUCAGCUUCACAAGUCAGGCUUUGAGCUCGAAGCUCCUAUUGGAGCUGGGAUGCAUAAGUCCGCCCACGGAUCAAACAGUGAGCGGACUCUCGUUGAUCGUGACGCAGAUUCAGAAUACGAGACUGGACCUGAUUUUACCUUAAGCGAGCCCUCCCCAAGUCCAGCCACGCGGUUAAAUACCGACAAGCCCUUGGAUAGCCACCGCGAGCAGAAGCAGAAGCAGCACCAUGAUGGGUUGAAAAUCAUGAGCGUCCAACCUGUGACAGCUACUGACGCUGCCUUUAUGACCGCCGUUAUCGAGAGUCCGGCGGGCCUACAGGACUUCUUCCACUCACCUGCGGCUUGGGCCCUCGAAUGUGGUGUCCACCCGGACAACCUGGCCAAUAUCGUUCUCAAGCCACUGGCUGACCGUUGCUGGCUCCUCACGGCAACGAUAUUGCGGCAUGCUCACGGUAUGGAUGAUCUGAGACGAGACCGGGCUAGGAGGAGAGAGAGACGGUCACCCGAUCAAGACACAAGCAGCGACUUUUGCCUAAGCGAAUAUCAAACGGACUCCCGGCCGACGAAGCGAGGCCAUUGGACAUUAGACGAGGAUAACAAUUUGACGGAAUGGCGGCGCCUGGGAAAGUCGUGGUCGUGGAUCUUCGGCCAAUUUCCCGAACGAUCGGAAGCUGCGGUGCGAUCGCGUUGGUUCGCAGUUAUAGCACCACAAGCAAAAUCCAGGUAAAAAUCCAGGCCCAAGACUCGUAGAGUGAGAGUGCUCUUCACAGAAGAGGCUGUAGAUUCACCAGACCUGGCGAAUGGUCAUGCGUUUAUACCCAUUACAAAAACCUCGGUAUUGAUCGCAAUUUGUACGGAGUAUGAUUCCUUGUACUGUAGCUGUCCAUAAUUGUAAUCUCAGAAUCGACUAAGGUGAAAU